CCUGCACUGUCGGCUGCAAUGUCGAACGAGCCCAAUACCAAACCAAUCAGGUGUUCGACGAAAUGAUUCUUCAGACGUCAUUGAUCACGUGCUGCUGAUAAAGUGACACUCCUUUGAAUUAUACCGCUUAGCGACUUCAGUACAUGCCUCAUAGCUCCAGUCUCAAACUUAACCUCGUUCCUGUUGAAGAAGAGGCGGUCUGCUGGAUGGAGAAAGAAGCUCUCGUGAAAGAGGGAGAGGAGGAAGAGGGGGCUGUUAUACAAAAACAAGUAGAAGGUGAGGCUGUUACCGUGAAAGAAGUAGAGAAAGACGUUACAGAGGAAGAGGAGGACGACGACGUUUCAGUGAAAGAAGAGGAGGGUGAGAUGACUGUCACAUCGAAAAAUGAAGAGGACGAAACUGGAUAUCUGGUCCCGGUUUCCCAAACGCAUCUUCAGGCAUCCGGGUCUAAAGAUGAACGUAACACUCGAAAGAGAUGUAACUAUCGUGGAUCCUCUGGGGAGCCUCAACAACCUCAUGAUGCUGAAGAUGCAGAGAAGAGUCUCUCCACGUCGAAACCCCAGCAGAGACCCACAGGGAAGAAAUCUCAUUGCUGCUCUGACUGUGGGAAAGGUUUCAAAUAUUCAUCAGACCUUAAAAUACACCAGAGAACACACACAGGAGAGAAACCUUAUAGCUGUGAUCAAUGUGGGAAGAGUUUUACUCAGCUAAACAGCCUGAUAGUACACCAGCGGACACACACAGGAGAGAAAUCUUAUAGCUGUGAUCAAUGUGGGAAGAGAUUUUCAACAUCUGGCCAGCUGACUUCACACCAGAGAACACACACUGGAGAGAAACCUUAUAGCUGUGAUCAAUGUGGGAUGAGUUUUACUCACCUAACCAACCUGAUAGUGCACCAGAGAACACACACAGGAGAGAAGCCUUAUAGCUGUGAUCAAUGUGAGAAGAGUUUUCCUACAUCUAGCCAUCUGACUUCACACCAGAGGAAACACACAGGAGAGAAACCUCAUAGCUGUGAUCAAUGUGACAAGAGAUACUCUGAUAAAAGAUCUCUGAUCAAACAUCAGAAAAUACAUACAUGAAGAAGUUGUUUCAUGAUAUCAAUGAAAUAAUGUCACAAUGUAGAAUGUUUUAACAUUGUAGUAGGAGUAUUUUAAUGAUGUUCUACCUUAUACUUUGCCCUGUUCAAUUGAUUGCAGUAUGAUAUGUAUAUUAGCCUCAGGGGGAAAUCCAGGCUCUGAAUUGAAAGAGUAUUAUUUAACAAAAAGUGACUAACAAAAAAAGAGCUGUGUUACACUUACUGCGUUGGUGACCCACUUUAAUCAAAAUGCAGCACUUCAAAAUGUAGCCAGCUGUUUUCUACAAGUUGAAAAAGCUGCUUGUUUAAAACAAUACAUGUAAGAUGAUAAUUGUUGCAGAUGUUUGUGUAUAUACACACAUGAAAGCAGUAUAAUAAAUUGAUCUAUAAUCAAUUUUAUUAACAAUCUGACAAAACUCCAGUAUUUCUUGACAACAUUCAAGUGCUAAUUGUCUUUAGUCCACUACUGAAGAAGCAUGACUCAAAUCACCUCAUAUUUCAAACAUUCAGCCUGACAAAAUAUACAUCUUUUAUUUAUUUACAAGGACAAUACUAUCCCAUUUUGGAAACGUUACAUGGACAAUACUAUCCCAUUUUGGAAACGUUACAUGGACAAUACUAUCCCAUUUUGGAAACGUUAC